UGUGACUAGGUGCAAGGUCCAUUGACCUACAUUUUAAUCUUGCCUUCAAAGUUACAUAAAACAUUAUUGUGCACUUACAGUAAUCUACAGUAGUGCUAAUGCAGACAUGAAAACACACAUAGUUUAGAGCAGAGUUCUUAUAACAAUGUUUCAGUUUGGUUUCCUCAGCCUAAAGAACCCUUGCAUGGCAGUCCCUCCCUCUCACCUCUUACUUAGGCAACAAUCAGUCAUGUGAAUAAUCAGUCUGGCACAGUGGCAGACUAGUCACCACAUCUUCAGAAAGUGGUGGAGAGGAAGGCCACUCACCAUAAAUAAGAGAGUAAAACUUGGAAUGAGAGUAGAGCAGACUGUAUAAGGGGAGGAGCAGACCUGGUGAUCAUAAACAGCAGAGAGGAACAGGUGUUUCUAAACAAACUGGGAAAAGAUGUACAUUUCUGGAUUGGUCUGACUGACUCAGAGAUGGAAGGCAUCUGGAAAUGGGUGGAUGGAACAACAUCAACAACAACGUUCUGGAGAAGAGGACAGCCAAAAUAUACCGACGGGGAGGAGGACUGUGUGGUCUUCAACAGGUUCACUGAUCUGUCUUGGCACUGGGCAAUUAUUCAGUCAUGGAAUGACCAGCCUUGCUCAGUGAGUACUCAAUGGAGUGUAUACACAUUUAUUUCACCUCAUUGCAAUUUGGACUGUAAGGAUAUUCAGAGCAUCGAUAAGACAGACAGAGCAACAGAGACUAUACACACAGUACCAGUUAUCAUCAUCAUGGAGAAAGAAGAGGACAUCUAUGCCAAUGUAGAGGAGAUCAGUGUGAAAGACUGUAAUUAUCUGGCUGCAGGUUCCGAGACUUUACACCAGAGUCCACAGGCUGGAACAAGACUGAAGCAUGUGAAUCAGAAAUCUCAGCCUUGGAGGAUGGCUACAGUUUCUCUGGGCCUGCUGUGUGUUGUCUUACUGAUCACAGUCAUAAGCCUCUCUGUGCACUAUGAUGAACAGUAUUACAGACUGUCCAGACUCCAGACUUCAUACAACAACCUGACUGAGGAGAAACUCGAGCUGCAGAGAACAGUUUCAGAGCAGGAGAAGAAGAUAUCAGAGCUUGGACCCUGUCCUGAUGGUUGGAGGAGACUCAGAUGUAGCUGUUAUUACUUCUCUAAUAACAGUAAAACUUGGAGUGCGAGCAGACAAGACUGCAGAGAGAGAGGAGCAGACCUGUUGAUCAUAAACAGCAGAGAGGAACAGCAUUUUCUAAACACAUUGGGGGAAAAAAUGCAUUACUGGAUUGGUCUGACUGACUCAGAGAAGGAAGGGAUCUGGAAAUGGGUGGAUGGAACAACACCAACCACAACACAGUUCUGGAGAGAAGGAGAGCCAAAUAAUGCCCAGGGGGGUGAGAACUGUGCAGUCUUCAACAGCUUCAGCGAUAACCUGGGAAUUAUACAGUCAUGGAAUGACCAGCCUUGCUCAUUGCUUAUCCAUUGGGUAUGCAAAUACACACCUAACGUGUCCUCCUAAUAGGCCUACACAUCGUGAUGGCGUCUGCCCACAGGAGAAUAUCUGAAUCCCAUUGUAAAAAAACUAAGCAUCUCCUACAAGUUGAUGCUGACAAGUCCUGGCAGGAAAACAGAUGACCCAUAACACAUGUAAAAAAAAAAAAAAAGUCCCACUAAUUAGCUAACGAUUAAAAUGAAUGAAAGCUACCACUGAAUCUACUUAAUUCUUCAAGUUGGCUGUUUUGGCAUAUGUUUCAGAUAAUCUGAAUUCCCUUUUGAAUUUACAAUAGCGUUUAGAUUUUUUCCGACAUCAAGGUUAAUGUCUCCUGCAUUUCAUUAGUAGCACAAAUUGUAGAGAAAAUCAAAAUGAAUCUUGGCAAAACAUUCCAGUUAACUAUGACUACCAUGCGCCCUCUACUGGCUAGAAAGGCAUUUUGAAGGUCAAAGCGCAGAACAUUACAGUAGUAGGUAGAAUUACUUAAGAUUGCUUAAGAGAAUUGAUUGCGUUGUAAUAUGAGAAUGCAACUAAUUUGGAAGCUGAUGCGACAUGUAGGUUCAGUCAUAAUCUAUCCAUCCAACUGUGGCUUCCACUGUGAACAAGACAGCUGCUUUAAACUGAUCAUUUCUUUGUCAGAUGGAAUGAUUUUACAAAUAAACAUUUUAGAAGCUAAGAGAUCAGCCAUCUUUUAAUUGGCUGACACUGACAAUAAAAGUAUUGAUAUUUUGA